GCUCGAGCGUUCCGGCGGGAAGCGCGCGCACGGAGCCGAGCGCUAAAAAAUCGCCUCAGUCUCUUAUUUUUUUUUUUUUCCCCAAAAAAACCGGAGGAGAAGCCGCACGCAGGAUUUCACUCAGCUUGUGGACGGGAAAAAAACCCAAACAACACCGUUUUCGCAGUCAGAUAAGUACGGAAUAAUACGUUGUGUAUUUUCUGAGGGACACUUUAGUGAAAUACGGCAUGUUUAUUUUAUAUCAUCACCGCCGACUGAUUUUCACGGGAAAUAUCUUGAGAAAUUACUUCAGAUAAAGUGUUUAUUCUGUGACGAGACACGACCCGAGUGACGUCCUGUCGUGUGUCGGCGUCUUACAAACCUCAAGACUUUUCCUACAUCGUUUUAAACACUGUUUGUUUUCACCGUCUAUCGUUUUUUUUUUUUUUUUUUUUUUUACCUCAGACAUUUAUCGUUAGCAUUUCUGCUAAUCUUCGUCAGAAUGGCGGAGGCGAAUAAAACAGUCACUUAAACGGAUUUUCUUCAUCGACGUGAAGGAUUUUCUUGUUGCUGCUGUUUUUUUCUUUCUUUUCUUAUCCCCUCUUCAUGGCUGGAUUGUGUAUAUGAAAGGGGCUGUGCCGGAUUUAUUUAUUUAUUUAUUUAUUUCGAGUCUGGAGACACCCGAAAGCAAGCAGUAAGCUAAUCUCCAUCCUAUUUCUUUUUUUUUUUUUACACCGAGACUCACUGGAAGAGAAAAAGAAGAAGAAGAGGAGGAAGAGGAGGAGAAGAUAAAGUGGUCCACGGAGACUAAGUUGCUACCUCCCUGGGGCAUCAUGGACCUUUCAGUGGGAUUGUAUCUGCUAUGGGCAAUAGUGUUGAACUUUGGGCGUGGCACACUGGGUGUAAUCAUGUACCGGGUGCGUGAAGAGCAGCCGCCAAGCACCCUGAUAGGCAGUCUGGCGGCUGAUCAGGGCUUACCAGACUCUGGACACCUGUACAAGUUGGAGGUGGGCACCCCUUACCUGCGAGUGGAUGGAAAAACAGGGGAAAUAUUUACCACUGAAAUCCCAAUCGACAGAGAGACCCUGAAGGACUGUCGGAUGAAAGGAAAGCCAUGUUUUUUGGAGUUUGAGGUUUCUGUCACAGAUCUCAUCCAGAACCAAAGCCCCCGGCUGAUCGAGGGACGGAUUGAGGUGCUUGAUAUCAACGAUAACACGCCGCAGUUUCCAUCACCUGUCCUUACUCUCACUGUGCAAGAGAACACUCACAUGGGAGCCACCUUCUCCAUCCCGCUGGCCACUGACAAAGAUACAGAGCGUAAUGGUGUAGCUGACUAUACCCUCACUGCCGGACCAGAGGCUGUUGCUCUCUUUGGCCUACAAGUAGCAGAUGACAGGGGUGAGAAAUUGCCUCAGCUCAUUGUGAUGGGAAAUCUGGACAGGGAGUUGAAAGACUCCUAUGACCUGACCAUCAAAGUAGUGGAUGGGGGAAGCCCAUCUCGCUACAGUAGUGCCUUGCUGAGAGUCGUCGUCACCGAUGCCAAUGACAAUGCACCCAAGUUUGAGAAAUCUUCCUAUGAAGCAGAGGUUUCAGAAAAUAGUCCUGUUGGACACUCAGUAUUACAGGUCAAGGCCAAUGACUCAGAUCUGGGACCAAAUGGUGAAAUUGAAUACAUCAUUCAUCAAGCCAGUGAUCCAGUGCCAAAACUGCUACAGAUUGACCGUUCCACAGGCAUCAUCUAUGUAAAAGGCCCAUUGGAUCGUGAGGAGAUCAACAGCUUGAAGUUUCAUGUUAUUGCACGGGACAGAGGUCCCUCACCUAAAAGCUCAACGACGUAUGUUUCUGUUGAGGUGACUGAUCAGAAUGACAAUGCACCUGCUGUGGAGAUCCGUGGUAUUGGUCUUAGGACCCAUAGUGAUGGUGUUGCAAACAUCCCAGAGGACAUGCCAGUGGGCACUGCGGUAGCUCUGGUGCAAGUGUCCGAUAAGGAUGAGGGAGAAAAUGCUGUUGUGACUUGUGUGGUAGCAGGAGAUGUUCCGUUCCAGCUCCGGCCAGCUGGUGAUUCCUCUAUUGAUAAUAAGAAGAAGUACUUUCUGCAGACCACCACACCACUAGACUUUGAGAGAGUCAGGGAGUACCGGGUGGAGAUAGUAGCUGUGGAUUCAGGCAACCCAGCCCUGUCCAGCACCAACUCCCUGAAAGUCCAGGUGACCGAUAUUAAUGACAAUUCUCCCAUAUUCUCACCUCCAGUGUUUGAAAUAGAUUUUGCUGAAGAGAAUCAGCCUGGAGAGAAGGUUCUUGAUGUUAUUGCCGUAGAUGCAGACAGUGGCACCAACGCAGAACUCAUCUACAGCAUUGUUGCAGAUUCCUCAACAAGGGGGCUCUUUGAGAUUGACCCUAACACAGGUGAAGUACGAGCCAGGAGCCCACUUGACCGUGAGCACAAAGAACGUUAUGAGUUUCGUGUUACUGCAACCGAUAAAGGUGUUCCUAGCCACAAGGGUACUGCUACUGUUGUGAUCAAUGUACUGGAUAGGAAUGAUAAUGAUCCCAAGUUUAUGCUUAGUACCUACAGCUUCUCUGUCCUGGAGAACAUGCCACCACUAAGCCCGGUUGGCAUGGUGACUGUAUUAGAUAUGGAUAAAGGAGAAAAUUCCCAAGUGCAGCUCUCUGUUGAACCAGAUGUUGGAAAGUUUGUAGUACAGAAUGGAACAGGAACAAUUCUGUCAAGUAUAUCCUUUGACCGGGAGAAAGAAAGCAGCUACAGUUUCCGACUCAAAGCGGUAGAUGGAGGAGAACCCCCUAGGUCAUCUUAUGUUGGUGUGACCAUAAACGUACUUGAUGAGAAUGACAAUGCACCUGUUGUCACCAAACCUUCCAAUUCUUCUUUCAAACCUCUGUCUCCCCUGGCAGCACCUGAUACUGUAGUUGAGGUAGUGGAGGCAGAAGACAUAGACUCUGGCUCCAAUGCUGAGCUAGUCUAUAGUAUUGCUGGGGGGAACCCACAUGAGCUCUUCUAUAUCUCUCCCUCUGAUGGAGAGAUCAAACUAAGCAAGGAACUGACUCGGAAGCAUGGAGGUCUGCAUCGCUUGGUGGUUAAGGUGAGUGAUAGGGGUAAGCCUUCUCGCCACGCCAUUGCCUUGGUGCACAUUUAUGUCAAUGAGACCAUUUCCAAUAUCAGCCUGGUGGAAGGCCUAGUAGGGCAUAGCCUAUACACUCCACUGGACACAGACAUUGCGGGUGACCCUGACUAUGGUCUAGCUGCUCAGAGAAGCAACAUUCUUUAUGGUAGCUUGGCUGGUGUGGCAGGAGUUGUAAUGGUAAUUAUAGUGGUAGUCUUCAUCAGACAUCGCCUCCAAAGAGAAACCAAGAGCGGUUAUCAAGCUGGCAAAAAGGAGACUAAGGACUUGUUUGCACCAAAACAAGGACCAAAGAGCAUUAAGGGUAAAAAGGGAAGAAAGGGAAAGCCACCAAAGUCACCCAAACCUCUUGGGGAAGAUGAAGAGGUCAGCCUCCAAAAGAGUCUGAAGUUCAACAUUGAUGGGGUUAAUGACAGCCCUAGGAUCCACUUGCCCCUGACUUACCCACCUGGCAGCCCUGACUUGGGCAGGCAUUACCGCUCAAAUUCACCCUUGCCAUCCAUCCAACUUCAGGCCCAGUCUCCAUCUGCUUCCCAGAAGCAUCAGGCUGUUCAGGAGCUCCCUGCCACCAAUACCUUUGUGGGAACAGAACGAGAUGACAACUCUACAGGAUCUGACCAGUACUCGGAUUACAGUUACAAGACCAAUCAGCCAAAAUACAGCACAAAAUCGCUGCCGCACCGCAGAGUGACGUUCUCCACCGCCAAUCCGGUCCAGGACGCUCAGGACUCGUCCCAGCAGAGCUACUACGACAGCGGCCUGGAGGAGUCGGAGACACCCAGCAGCAAGAGCUCGUCAGGGCCACGCCUCGGCCCGCUGGCACUGCCCGAGGAACACUACGAGAGGACCACGCCCGACGGCAGCAUCGGAGAGAUGGAGCACCCUGAAAACGAUGUUCGGUCGCUUCCUGACGUGGCCAUGACGGGAACCUGCAGUCAGGAGUGCAGCGAGCUCGGCCACUCGGACGCCUGCUGGAUGCCGGGUCAGCCUUCACCCGCUCGCAAGACGCGCACGCUGCCCAAACUCUCCACCUUCGUGCCUUACCAGGAGAGAGGAGGGACUCUGGGACGACUGGCCAACGGUGAGCCUCGGCCCCGCCUUCCACCUUCGCGCAGUGCCUACGCCCCCAGCGACCACGCCCCCAACAAUCACGUCCCGAUGGAGGAGGUGCCUCUGAGCGUCACCUCCGAGUUCCCGCCCACCAGUCCCACCUCUAACCACGCCCCCAAACGGGAAAUAUACCUGUAAACGAAGCGGCGACUGAUUGACCUCCGCACCGAGGAACGGAACGAAAAUAAUCACUCGAAUCGUAAAUUCGGGCUGUUAGUGAACUUUAAAAAAAAAAAAAAGUCUGGUAGAGUUGUACGUUUAUUUAUAUUUCUAUUUAUUUAUUCAUCUAUGAAUUCAUCUAUUUAUUACCGUGAGCUUUUUUUUUUUUUUCCUUUUUUUUUUUUUUAUUCUUUUUCAUCUCCUCUCCCCCUCCUCCUCCUCCUCUUCCUCCUUCUAUUCCUCUUCCGUCUCCUUCUUCUCCAUAAACCGUGAUGAAAGCGCUCUGGGACUUUCUGAGUGACUUUAGCUUCGCUAGCCUGUGGAAUGUUUACCGGAUCUUUCCGAACAGUGUGACCUGUGCUGUAGUGCCAUAAGCCUGAAGCUCUCGCUCGGCUUCUUCUUCUUCUUCUUCUUCUUCUUCUCCGAGUCUCUCCGAGCCACUUCCUGGAUCGGGGAGUCACCACGGAGUGGUCUUAGUACAUGUACAGCCAUGUAAAUACAUUUCUAUGAUGUGUAGAUAUGAAUAUGAGAACCUUGAGCUGAGAUCAACAACAACAACAACAACAAAAAAAAGAACAAGAAAAAAAAAAUGGUACAUUCCGAAUUUUAUCAGCCUGAGGAGCAGGUGUCGGUGCUUCACCUUCAGCUCCUCCUGUUCAGCUUAAGCCUGUGUGUGUGUGUGUGUGUGUGUGUGUGUGUGUGUGUGUGUGUGUGUGUGUGUGUGUGUGUGUGUGUUUGCUAGGCUUUCUAGACCUCUUCUGGAACUGCAGUAUAUGGGACUGAUAUUACACUGGGAGUUGCUGCACACUAUCACAGACUUAACCGGAGAGAGUGUGUGUGUGUGUGUGUGUGUGUGUGUGUGUGUGUGUGUGUGUGUGUGUGUGUGUGUGUGUGUGAGAGAGAGAGAGCAUGUUUGGCACUGUGAACCCUUAACUCCACCCAGGAGGCAGGUAACACUUCUCGAACACACAGUCUGCAGUUCUUUUCCAUGUGAGGUGAGCUGGAGAAAGGCAAAGAAAAGAUAUCUGCACUGAGCCUGUGUGUGUGUGUGUGUGUGUGUGUGUGUGUGUGUGUGUGUGUGUGUGUGUGUGUGUGUGUGUGUGUGUGUGUGUGUGUGUGUGUGUGUGUGUGUGUGUGUGUGUGUGUGUGUGUGUGUGUGUGUGGAGUCUUAGAAGGAUUACAGGGUGGGGCAAACCCGCCGUCCUGUCCGUCACUGGGCCUCACCCUCAUGCCUGUUCUUUUUUCUCCAUCUUCACGGCCUCUUGUUCUUAAACCUCUUUAGGUCUCGAGAACUUUUUUCAAUGCCUUAAAAAAAAAGCUGUUUGUAUCUAACAAUCACAAUCGAUGAUGAUUUCGAUCGAUAAUCUUUCCUGACCUCACGAGCAUGUCAGCUGUGCAUGUGUUUCCGGUCAGGAGCGACUCAGAGGUCACAAGUGAAAUGAAAUUGCCUCGAUCUAUUUAUUCAUUCUUGUGUUUUCGGUUGCUGGUUUUUUCCCUUCGACCCGUCGUCCUUGCUUUAAAUCGGACUGAUUUCCGAAGGCGACUUCUUAGCGUAAACAGCUGGACGGUGCAGCUACAGGAUAGACUGCCCCUUUAAUGUGUGAUUAUGGUAAUGACGCGACAAGUGUGGCUACUUUUCCCCCGAGCGAAAGUGUCUGACACAGAGGAGUCAUCUGAGCCGCGCUGCUAAGCCGUUACUAUGUUUUCAUCAUCACGCUAACGUGACCUCUAUUGUGCGUGUGUGUGUGUGUGUGUGUGUGUGUGUGUGUGAGCGCGCAGUAGCAGUACGGUGACUAUACAACUAAUUAGAGACCGGAGUGUGUGUGUGUGUGUGUGUUUAAGUGUGUGUGCGAACCCUCAGAGCUGGGAGACGACGAUCACCACACUAACUCACAGCUCCUACCUCAUCGGCGCCCCCUCUGGCACCUCUCGGAGAAUAAUUAACACACAGAACAUAUGGACACGACUGUGAUUCAAUAAGGCGAGCCGUUACGGCGCCUUGCGGAAUAAAAGCACAUUACGCUGUUCUUUGAAGCCAUUUCAUGACUGUGAUAACAGAAAACUAAAUACAUAAAUAGAGCGAGAGGCGUGAUCUGGCGUAAUUAGCGCUUCUCGUCAGUUUCUCUGUGCGCCCAGCUCUGAUGUGGCUUAACUCUCGUCCUCUUCACCGCUAAAGCGUUAACGCUGCCCAGAACCCGAGCGUGUCUCAGGCUGAGACUGCUGUUUCUGCACUUAAAGGAAAAAUCCACCAUGAACCUUUCGCUUUUUAACCUUUAUUAAAUAUUAAUUAACUGCAGAUUCGUUGCCAAUGAAAUUCCGACUUCACUUCCUACCUUAUCGGAGAGGUGCGACGGGAUCGAUCCGUCCCUACCGUCCCUACAGUUCCCUCGUCAGUCACGGCUCCGAGCCCGAACUACUUCCAGUCGUAUUUAUACGACGUCGCUUUAAAAGAACAUAAGGUUUUCAGAAAAAAACUUGUGUGUAAACUAGCUGAGUUACAGCCGCAUUCAUUCCCCACCGUCCGACAAAUCUGAGGCACGGAGGCAUCACCUGCCUGUUUCAGGGUGGACUUUUCCUCCGAGAUAUCUGGACUCUUCUCUAUGCUGACCUGAGACCUUUUAUCGACUCGCGGGUUAGAUCCCAUUUUGGAUCCCGCCUCUUUAGUCCUUUAGGCCGAACGUGAAAACUCUUUACUCGUCGUUGUUUAUUUAAAAAAAAAAAAAAAAAGCUGGUGUUUAGACCUGUGCUCUCUUGCUGUUCGGUGUCCGUAGCUGAGGAACUCUGGGUGUGAUACAAUCGUGGUAAAGAGAGGAACGUUUUAUCGGUUUUUCUUUUCCCCCGAUGAACGCAGUGCUGUUUUGUGGCUAGCGUCUCUAGAAGGUGUUCUGUACAUAGACCUCUCAGCCUCCACCCCUCCCCUCCCCUCCCUCCGGUGCGUGCCGUCGAGCCUGCGGCCAGUUUAGCAUGAAUCCCAAAGAUAAUCGGUAAAAAAAAAAAUAAGUAAAUGAAUCCUUUGCUCUUCUCUUCUUCUCCGAGGUGUUUUAGCGGUGGAAGAGAAAAUCCUUUUCGUUUUUUUUUUAUUUCUUUCCUUUUUUCUCCGUUUGGAAACAAAAUUCGAAUCUCGCCGCACAGCCCCAUCAUCACUAUUCACUGUUCACACGAAUCUAAAGACAGCUGCCUUGAAAGUAUGUAUUUUACAGGAGAGUUAAAAAAAAAUCGUUAUCUUUAACUGUUGGUUAUAUUUAUAUAGGAAUAAAAACUGCUUGUGAUGAUGCCCUGUUUUUUUGUACAGUUUUAUGUACAUGCAAGUGAAGCUUUUUAAAUCUCGCGACAAAAACGCCGACGGCAUAUAAAAAGGGUAAAAAAAAAACAAAAUAAAAAAAUACCAAAAAAAAAA